UCUGAUUCUAAAGAAAUUUUUGAAAGUCAGAAAAGAGAAGGAACACAAUGAUCAAGGGGUAUUUUUCGCCACUUCAUUUUCAUUGAGUAAUGACGUCGGUUGUGUGGAAGAAAGGGUGAAGCAGAUGGCAACAAUAUUAGCGAUGGUAACCCUACGACAAUGGAUGUUAAAUGGUUGGAAAGAUUUGGAAAGCUUGGCCAAAUGUGCAAAAAAGUCUCAUAUUUAUAAUGCCCUUCAAGACAGCGUGUUCAAAAGCUUGGCCAAGUUUAUUCUAAGUAUUUUUGAUACGGAAGAUCUUGAACGAUUCAACUUUUAUAAUAGGAUUGUAUCUGAAAACAAAAAAUUUUAUCGUGAAAAGUUGUUACCUCUACCUCUAGAGGAUUGUGAUGACCCUGCGAAACUUAUUGCUGAAGGGAAGAUAACUCUAGAUGGUUUUCCUUUGUUGACGGAGUAUGAUAUGGGAUUUCUUAUUCAGGAGUACAAGUCAAACUUUAUAGCGCACAUACGAAAAUGGACACCAGCUGUAGUGGUUGAGUUUAUGAAUUUUGUGACUGAUGAAAUUGAAGGCUGUUGCUUCAAGAAAGGACGCCACAAACGUUAUCUGGAAAUGGCCAGAACUGUGAUGCUUCAGUUUGCUCCUUUGAAGGAGGAGAUAAAGAUGCAUACAAUUAUGGAGAAUGGUUUAUCUCCAUGUUAUUGCAUUACAGAUGCAUUGCGAUAUGAAGCUUUGUCUGAUAUUGGUAUACUGGAUAUAAAGAAUCAUUUAACCUCUGCCGAUUUGGAGGAUAUACUUGAGGAAGUAGCUUGGAGAACGAACUGUUCAAUGCUUUCGCUGUCAGGUGGGAGAUACGACAGCGUACGUCUUAUAUUUUUGGUGCGCCCUUUUAUAUGUGAUGAGAUUGUCGGAGUUGAGCAUUUGGUUGUUGCCAUCGCUUUUGAAGUGAAUCAGAGAAGCCUAAAUGGGAAGGGAGAUGUUUCUCCACCUCUUGUUGCAGAUGGAAGUGCAUGGAAUAAGUUCGGAAGCAAGAAAUGUGUUCAAGAGUUUUUAAACGGUGACGAAACAUUGUUUUGUUCCUUCCCAAAUUUCUUCUGCCCUUGUGGUUAUGGAAAUCUCGGAUAUAAUAUUCAUGGCAUUUUUCACUCUUUGUUGAUACACGGUUCCUUUUCUAACAUUUGUUUCUUUGCAGCUGUGAAAAGGUAUAAAAAGAAAGCUGGUAGAAAGUUGAUAAAGUUGCCAACUAAGAUUGUACAAUGGCGGGCUCCAGAAACGAAGUUAUUGGAUCAAUUAAGAAGGGUGGAGAAGGACAUGAAAUAUGGUUGGCAUGAGUUCGCCAGUCUUCGAUGUAAGAGUCCAUAG